AUGGCUAGCGACACCGACGCCAGAAUCGAAGAGUCGCAGGACAUAUGGGUCGAUGGCCUAAGACAGUUGAGCCACACAAGCCAACGCCGAAUCAUUUCCGAGGCAAAUGGAAAUCUUCAGGGAUAUGCAGAAGCGAAUCGAGCUAUGACUUCGAGCACCAGGCCCAAUGACGAGACAGGAACGGGCCAAAUUCCUCGAGUGAGGAUCGCACCCACGGUGGAUUUCUCUAAUGAUCCCGACAUCGUGAUCAUUACCCCAUUCCUGCAACUUAUUGAUUCCCUACAGGAAUCUGCCGCUGCCCCAGAUUUAUACUGGUUUGUGGGAGGCUUACGGGCAUACCAAGAAAAUUUGGAAAGGCUUUGCCCCAGCAGAACCCAAAUCGUCUUACUUGAAGUCUUCCAGGCCUGGCAGUCAAUUACCCCAUAUCUUGAAGACGACGGGGAGCUCGAUUCUGGCGAGGGGCUCAUGCGUAUUAUGGCCACAUUUCAUGGAGAGCCCAUGCAUGAGGAAAAGCAGGGGAUCUUCCAGCUUGGGUGUUGUGAGGAUGGUCCUCAGAGGAAACGCCCUCGCAUUUGA